UCAGAUAACGUAUCACGCAAAUACUAUAAUUGAUCAAUAUUGUAACUAUUGCUCAAAGUUACAAAUCAAACGAAACCUUUCUUUUCGAGCGCAGAACUUUCUAUUUUCUAUUUUCUUUCGUCUUCGCGCGGGGUUGAAAUGACCAAAUAACAUUGAAACAAGUAGGAACAUUUGUUUCAGUUUCGAAGUUCUAAAUGCGCAUGAAAAUUGUUAUCUGAUUGUAGUACGCGUAUCGCUAAACUUUUCUCUGAACAUCAUACUGUAAAGGAUAUAUAUGACCCAGAUCUGUACAAGCUAUAUUCAAUCGUUUUACACGUCCCUACGUGCAUACGCAUGUCACAACGGAACAUAUGUCAGCGAGUUUCUUUAUCAACAAAGAAUAAAAGACAGUUAUACUCGUGUAACCUCGUUCUCGCGAUGCAAAACGUGUUUCGUUGCGCCGUAUUUGGACUUAAUCGAGUCUGAUUCAAAUAGUAUUUCUACAAAAAGUAGCAUUCGUGUGUUGAUAGUGUUACGGCGAUUGUUGAAAAAAGAAAUGUACACGCUGUUAAAGGAAAAAUAAUAGCGAUUAAUCGUGACAAGAAUGGGACUCGUCAUUCUUACUAAGAUGCGGUCCUGUGCGUUGUGUGGUCUGUAUGUGUGACAAAAAACAAAAAGAAAAUGUCAGUAGAAAUCGACGUGCAAGUAAAAACAACGGUAGUAAGUUAGUGUAUUACGAAUGUUAAUUUUUUUUUUAUAAAAUAAGAAUUGCACGAUUGGAUUGAAGUGUGAAUCGAAAAUGCCGAGGUUAAAUUCCGAAACAAGAUGUCAAUAGUAGAGAAGAUUUUGAAGGACACGAGAUUCAUAUCAUAUUGGCACAAAAUGUAAUGUUACAUUUAUUAUUAUUAUUAAAUUAUUUUUACAAUGGGAAACGUUAUACCAAUGAGCUGGUUGAACCAGAUGUUGUUGAUUUUAAGUAUAGUAAGUGCUUCGUUGUCUUUAGUUAUACAAGAAUGGGCAGGUCUCAUACCAUUACCGAUUUAUGUUUCGAUUCUAUGGGCUGUUUUUGUUGUAAUAAUAUCAGUGUGGCUCAGUUGUUAUUUACUUCAACUUGCACUAAAAGCAAAUGGUCCACUUAACAUAAAACUUCUCAAUGACUGGUUAUAUAAAAAAUUAGCGAGUAAUAUGAAGUUAUACAAUUCAGGGGGAAAAGAAAUUUGCAAUAGCAAGUGCAAAGAUAAAGUAAAAGAAAAUGAUCAUAUAGAUUCCAUGCAAAAAUCUAGCGAAAAGAAUAAAGACAAUGUUGCAACAAUGAAAAAAUCAUCUAGGAAAAUAUUUACAUUCAAUGCAACAUCCAUUUCUUCGAAACGAAAAAAAAUACCAGGAGUAAGUGACAUGGUGAAAGAAAUAAAUUUAAAAUGCAUUGAUAUCUGGUAUAAAUCUAUCAGCAGUGAUAAAUCAUUUCCUGAUGAUGCACAAAAAAUGCUAAAAAAAUUAUUGACCAAAUUAUUUUAUAAAAUCAACUUAAUGGACAAAACAAAGCUAACUCAUAAGCUAGCUAAUGUGUUCUUGUUACAUUUAAAAGAAUAUCACAGGGCAUCACGUCGGGUAGAAAAAGGAACAGCAACAAGUAUAGAAGAAGCAUUCAAGUAUUUACAUCCUGGUUCUCGUAACACAUCAGUAUUGGAGCAUAUGCUUGAUCAAAAAAUUAGUAUCUUAGCACAAGAAUUUUUACAAUGGGAAUUAACAAGUUCAUUGCCAUGUAAACUAUUACUGUCUAUUUUAGCAAAAAGAUUAUUAUUAAUUAUAGAAACGAUAAGUUCUCCAAACUAUUUUUUCCAAAGUAUAUCAGAUUUGUUACAACCUACAUCAACAGAAGUCGCAGAAGUUCAAAUUAAAAAGAAUGAGGAUGUAUCAUGCACAAAAAAAUUUAUAUCUGACGCUUUAAGCGAUGGUAUAACGUCUUCAACGGCAGCUAUAAUUCCACGGCUCCUACCAAAACCUAAAUCCAAUGUAUCUGCAAAAACUGUAGAUGAAGAUAAAAAUAACUUAUUAACCAUAAAUGACAAAAGACCUACUUUACGCUUAGAUAAUUUAGCUACAGAACAUAGAGGUCUUUGGGGUCAGAGCAUGUCAGAAGUAGAUGCUGAAAUAGAUGAUAAGAUAUCUCCAGUAUAUGAAGAACCCACUGAUUUUGCAACAACAAUUGCUAGACUUAGAAAUGUAUUACAACAAAAGUCAACUGUGAAUACACCUUUACACUUAGAAGAAAAAUCUUAUGUGGUAUACGAAGGUAGUCAAUUUACAAAUUUAUUGAUUCCGUGGACAGAGUUCCAUACAGCCCCCGAUGGUUCGCAGCAGUUACUUUAUUGUAUUCAAUUUGACGAUGUGGAACAACGUGGAGUUGAUUUAUUUGAAACAACAACCGCUACUGUCAGGAGACAAUACCGAGAUUUUGCUCAGUUACAUGCUUGUCUGCAAGAGAUUCCAGAAUUAGCGCCUAUUAUGACAGAUUUAGUAUUACCAGAAGGUGGACGUAUUGAGUUAGAGAAUUAUUUAAAAACUCUAACUACACGCUUAGCUAACGAAUGUCCACCACAAUUGCGACAUUUUCUGCGCCCAAGUAGUAGUGCUGGUAAAAAAGCAGAUGUGGUUGCGCCUCGAUUCGAUAGAUUUUUGGCCAAAACUGUAAGUGGUGUUUUCAACACUUUGAAAACAGUUGUGCCAGGGUUUGAAGCUGAACAAGAAGAGGAAAAUGUUCAAUUACCUACAUUAAUGCCUUUAUCCGAUAUACCAUGGAGGUUUGUCGAGGAUAUUAAAUCGAAAAGUAUAGCAGGUGAACUCCAACAACUUGUAGAUGAAAGAAUUGAGUAUUCUACUGUAGAUACAGCUUACGAAGCUGUUGAUUCAAUGGAUGGUAAUAACGAUACUGCAUUGUUAACUCAUUGGUCGGAAAUCACAAAAGCUCCUUAUGAAGAAGAAGUAGAUGAAUUGGACUCACACUUAAUGUUAACAUGUGCUGCUAUAGAUCUCAUCUGUGAAUUAUUAGCAGGCAUUGGAAGUAAUAAUGCUUUACAACAAGAAUCAGUCGUUAGGUGGACAAAGUUACUUUUUGGAAAUGUCACUGAACCUUUAUUACAAACUGCUAUUCUUCAGAUUUUUGAUUGCUUGGGUAAUAUAUCACUACUUAAAAAUGUACAAAAAUUUUCUGACGAGCCUCUAAUACACACAAAGGAAAGACUGUUGCAACAACUACUAGCUAAAAUUCCAAAUAACGUAAAAUUAAUAUUUGGUGAAGAUGAUAUGUCAAACAUUCUAAAAUAUCUACUUGGUUGUUAUGAAAUAAAGAAAAUUAAUGUAGAUUUAAAUCUACAGAUAUUAGAUGUUCUAGCAUCACAACUAUUAAUUUCAUGUAGAUCAUAGUAAUGUAAUUCUACGGUCAUUUAAUUUAACUUAAAACUUGGUUAAGAAAGAACAGUACAAUAUAUACCUAUAAAGAUGUAUAUUAUUUAAAUUAUUUACUACCAUUGGAAGUCAUGAAUUACUAAAAUAUAUUUUAGUCAGGAAGGAAUUGAU